CUCGCUGCUAUACCCAGGACACACGACUCACUCUCGUUUGCAGUGUAUCAAGCUGAUCAAAUCAGGGGCAAUGGCGUCUUUUCGGAGGAGGAUACGAUGGACAAUUGAAGUAAAAGAGAGGGAGAAACAAGUAAUUACGGAAAGCCAAAGGGAGAGAGGCUAAACCCUUUCGCGGCCACUCUGAGUUGAUUCUGAAAUUGGAUCCCCUUUAGAUUAGGGGAUUUGAGCGAUGCUGCAUAUGCAACAACAACUGCGAAUCGGAUCGAAUUGAAUCAUGUACGGAAGAGCAGGGCUCGAUAGAUUCAGGAAAGCGCAGUCCUUGGAGCCCUUCUCGGUGAAGGAAGCUGUUCCUCCGGUGGUGGGGCAGAUUGGGGAGGGACAGUCCACAUGGCAGCCCCCCGAGUGGGCAACGGAGCCCCGCCCCGGCGUUUAUUAUCUUCAAGUCUUGAAAGAAGGUCAGCUUGUUGACCGCAUUACUCUGGAUAAGCGCCGCAACGUCUUCGGCCGCCAGUCUCUUACUUGCGAUUAUGUGCUUGAUCAUCAGUCUGUUUCUCGCCAGCAUGCUGCUCUUGUUCCUCACAAGAACGGCAGCAUAUAUGUAAUUGAUUUGGGAUCUGCGCACGGCACUUUUGUUGCCAAUGAACGCGUGACUAAAGAUACCCCUGUUGAGCUUGAAGUGGGGCAGUCUUUGCGGUUUGCUGCAUCGACUAGAACCUAUGUCUUAAGAAAGGAUGAUGCAGCUCUUUUCCCUCGCCCUCCUCUGCCUUCCGAGGUUGACCUGCCUCCACCGCCUGAUCCAUCUGAUGAAGAAGCUGUUGUGGCUUAUAAUACACUUCUUAAUCGUUAUGGUCUGACCAAGUUGAGCAAACUGCCCAGGCCCAAUGUGCCAGCUAACUCCGCAAACAUAAAAGGGGGUGACGACACCCAGCAUCUGGAGAGAGCGUCUAAGAGAAUUAAGAAGGCAAGAGUAUCAUUUAGGGAUCAAGUUGGAGGAGAGUUGGUUGAAGUUGUUGGUAUAUCAGAUGGUGUGCAUGUAGAAACAGAACCUGGUCCAAUAGGUGUUAAAGAAGGGCAAAGUCUUGUUGGAAAAUAUGGAUCCCUUGUACAGACUACAGUUAUACCCAAAGGGAAGGAGCAAUCAUCUGCAAGGGAAGCAAAUACUUCCCAAAAGGGGAUGACUGAAAAAUUACAACAGCUCUUAAAUAGUGUCAAAACUGCUCCUAAAGGUGGGAUAUAUGAUGACCUUUAUGGAGAUUCUUAUUCUGGCAAAAUGGGCACUUCCUGGGCAUAUCCUUCACUUAGUUCUGAUGAAAAGCCAUCAAUUGCAAACUACGGCACCGACUCGGGCCAAGUUGAUGAUGACGAGGAUGAUUUAUUUGGAGACUGAUUGAAGAAAGAACUUGUAGAUGGAUUGUUUUGUUCUCCUCUUUUUGGGUUUGAGAAUGUUUUGGAGGUUGAAAAGCUGUAACCCAUGAAAAUUGUAUGGUCUUGCUUCCCUCGUGGAUGGGAUUUUUGUUGUAAUUCAUCAACAAAUUUCUUUGUAUUGGCAUGCUGUGACUCAUAAUCUCCAAGCCAGUUACUGUCUGAGAUUGUGGCCGAAACUGUAUAACCAUAGACAGAAUGGAAAGGCCGUAUUUCAUGCUGUCAGGUAUGUCAUUUAUCAACUCAUUUUCAAACCUAAGAUGAUUGGUUUAUGGUAGUGCAAGUUUGGUGUGAGAUGAUUUAUAGUGUUCAUUUUUUCCUUUUCUUGAUAAUGGUAUAGCAAGGGGGUUUGUUAGUAUGAUGCAGUAUCUCCUCGCUUUGUAGGCUUGUCAAACUAUAGAUUGUUGAACAUCUUUAGCAUAUCUGGCGUUGUUAACAUUUAGGUAUAGAACAUACAUGAAGGCAGAAUCGGUGUGUGUGGAAAAGAGCUAGGUUGCCGUAUUAAAUAUGUUAUGAAACUUCACAUGUACUCAUGAAAUUAUUUUGAAAACCGAAGAAAAUCCUGAAAGUAGGAGAUGUUUUGUGUAUGUAUGUCAGUAUAGGGCACUAACAAUAUACACACGCACUCAGAAUACAUGCAUGUAGUCUAGUUUAGACAUGAAAAAAAAGAAAUAACGAUUGGUGAAAAGUAAGAUGAUACUAAUAGGAGGAGAAUCUGGUAGAGGCAUAUUUGUCAAAGGAAAUAUGCAUCUUAUGACCCUGCGGACUGCUAAUUCAAACAAGCACUGUACCCCUAGUGUGGAAUGAGGCAUGGGCAAUGUGGUGUACCCAACUGAACCUGAUUGCCAAAAUUUGGAAAAUCCUUGCUUUUUGGAAAAUUCAGUACUAGCUAGGGCCAUUGUGAUAGAGUAGAGAUUGACUAGUACCAUAUAGGCUAUAGCAAGUAUAUUGAGACUGAUUUUACAUGACCUGCACAUGUAGAAUCAGCAGUGAAAAAGUUGACAUUAUAUAUUGAUUCUGUAUUAGUCUCUAGUCGCUUUUCUUCCUUUAGAUUUUAAGCAUUGUUUCCUGUUAUAAUCAAAUGUUUAUGUGCGAUAUAUGGGGUUGCACUUGAACA